AUGCCUGCUGCGGAGUCCCCUGCCAGAGUCCCUCCAGCCUGCCAGCGAUGCAAACUACGCAAGGUUCGCUGUGACAGGGCUGCGCCCAAAUGCGGUGGCUGUUCCAAGGCCGCCAAGACGUGCAUCAUCGUCGAUCCCGUCACCUCGAUCCAGUACUCAAGAGAUGAGAUCAGUCAGCUGGAGGAGAGGGAGAAGGAGUUGCGCCAGAGAGCCGGUGGUGCCCCUCCAGUGCAGGCCGCAGCUGGUGAUCGCGCUGUGGUCGAUGGCCCUACGCCCUCGACCGCAUCGCCGUCGGAUUCGAGCGCCUUUGUCGGCGACGCAAGCGGCCACAAUCUUCUGCGAUUCAUUCUGUCAGACAGCAGAUGGCGCUCUUGCGAACCCCAGCUUCUCAGGCAGCUGGCGGAACGGCCCCAAGUGCCGGAGCUGGCCGUGAAACCCAACCAGCAGCCCUUGGUAGACGAGGCCUUGGGUCUCCUGGAUACAUACUUUGACAGGUUUCACAGAAACCACACCUUUCUGAUGCGGAGAGAUGUCAUGGAAACCUUCAACAGAGUCUACCAUCCCGAAGUGAACCGAUCUGCUUCAUCGCAGGACUAUUUCCGCCUCUUUAUGAUAUUUGCUCUUAGUGCUGUCCCUAGAUUCCGUACUGGCGCAUGCGAGGACCACCCGUUCGGUUAUUUCCUGGCUGCACAGGGCUAUCUUGGGGGCGUUCCCUUGAUCGGGAGCCUCGAUGCCAUUCAAAACUUGUUGCUCAUCGCCAGGUUCGGAAUGUAUCACCACAUUGGUACCUCUAUUUGGGAUCUCUCCAGGUUCUGCAUGCGCCAAUGUAUCGAACACAACCUCCAUUUACCUCCCCAGUGGCCGAUGAGCCCACUAGAUGAGCAGUAUCGGAGCCGUAUAUUUUGGGACUGCUAUAUCCUCGACCGCUAUAGUUCGAGUGUUCUUGGCCGCCCUUUUGCCAUCUCUGAUCGAGACAUAGCAAUCGACCUGCCUGUCAACGCCUCUGAUGCCGCCAUUGAGGAGGCUGUUGAUAAAACGCGCUUGUCUGACCUUGCCGCCCCUCCCCCUACUGCACCGACUGAACUCUCCGUGUUCAUCUGUGUCAUUCAGCUACGCCGGAUUACGUCGAGGAUCUACUCUGACUUCUAUAAUGGAAGAGGCGUUGGCAGUGCCAGUGGCGAUACCACGCCCUCUCAAAACCUCUCGUCGGGCGACGUCUACGUUCGGCUCUAUAAAUUCCUCAACGAGCUGGAAACCUGGAGAAGCCAGGCUCCCGUCUUCUCUCACCCCACUUCCCUCUACCAGAGGCCAGAAUGGUAUGAUUUUCUGCUCGCAAAGGAUAAACUCCUGCUGGUGAGGUCGGCCAUGUAUAUCGCGCCCAAAAGGAACGGACAGCCACCACUCGACCUGCUCACAAUGUCCCUUGACUGCGCGACUGCGACCAUUGAGCUUUACGACAAAAUGGCCCAGAACAACUGGAUAUCAUGGACGCGAACGUACUUCCAAAUUAUAUUUACUGCGGGCCUCUCUGUCUUCUAUUGGAUUUCCAUGCGUGCUCAGAGACAGGACGGCCACUCAGGGUCGUCCAUGGCCAGCUUGGAGUCCACAUUGCGCCUCUGUUGCAAGACUCUGCAGGAUUUCAGAAACCAGAUGCCCGAUGCUGGGCGUUUCUCCAUCGUCUUCGAGAUGCUUACCAACAAUUUUCUACGCCACUUCUCCUCGGGUACCGGGCAGCAGCUCGAGUUACCACCCGCCCCGAUAUUUGGCCGUACCGAGCCUCAAACUACCGUGCCGGAACUUCAGACCUCGGAUAUCUCUAGCCACGACUCGACUUUUCAAAUGAACGCGGAGCAUGCUUCCAAUUUAGAAAUUCUGGACAUGCUGUCGGCCUCGGCGCCAGACAUGGACCAGCAACACGGCCUGGAUCAGUUACAAGGGGAGCAUCAGGUGUGGCCGGAACUCACCGACGAAUUCAUGGAGCUUCUGGAGAAUGGACUGGGAGAGUACGCCUGGGGGGCUACGGAUACCAACGCUUUUCCUUGGACUGACUCGCAGUUUAGCUUUGAAGGAUGA